UUUAUUUUUGUGUGUUUUUAUCGAGGGCCUAAUAUGGAAAACUCAUCUACUGAAAUGAUUUUUCUCCUCAGUGGUUUAAAUGACACAAGACGAAACAAAAUGAUUUAUUUUUUCUGUUCUUUCUUCAUCUACUUGUUCACAAUUUUUCUGAAUAUAACUCUGGUUGUGACUGUUAUGCUGGACAGAGUUCUGCAUGAGCCCAUGUACAUCUUCCUGUGUAAUCUGUGUGUCAAUGGGAUUUAUGGUGCUACAAGUUUUUACCCCAGUUUUCUCCUGGACCUCCUAUCAGAAUCUCACAUUAUCUCAUACAGCGCAUGUAUAACUCAGAUAUUCGUAGUCCACUCGUAUAUGUUAUGUGAACUGUCCAAUCUGACAGUGAUGGCUUAUGACAGGUAUGCUGCAAUAUGUAACCCACUGCAGUAUCACCCUAUUAUGACCCGUGGAAAUGUGGGAAAAUUGUUGCUUGUGCCCUGGUUGUUAUCUUUUUCUGAAAUUUUAAUUGGAGUUCUUCUAAUGAUCAGGCUGCCUUUGUGUGGAUCUAUGAUAAAUAAGCUUUAUUGCACAAACUGGGAAGUGGUGAAGCUCUCCUGCAUAGACACCAGUGUGAAUAAUCUAUAUGGAUAUGCAAUAGCUGCUAUUCAUUUCAUCCAAGCACUGCUGAUUGUAAUCUCCUACUUCCAUAUUAUAAGGACAUGUUUGCGAUCAAAAGCAGUACAGAACAAGUUUACGGAGACUUGCCUGCCCCAUCUGAUCACUUUGGCAAUCUACAGUCUGUCUGCAUCAUUUGAUGUCUUAUAUGCCCGUUAUGAAUCCAGCAGCAGCCUGCAGGGUCUCCGUAACUUUUUCUCCAUAGAAUAUCUGAUCAUCCCACCCCUGCUCAACCCCCUCAUUUACGGCCUCAAGCUGAAGCAGAUUCGUCUGAGCGUCUGGAGGCUGCUCAACAGGAAAGUCAGUGCAGGGACAUAGAUUCCAGAAUGUUCUUCCUCUCAAAGUUGUUCCUCUCAAAGUUUUGUUUGAGUAACCUUUUUUGUGUAAGCAUUGCAAUUUCAAAAUGAGCCACAUUUAAGCAAAUCUAGGGUUCUGAGAUUGAAUUAAUUAGUAUUUAAGUAUUUUAGUCUUUUUUUAAUAUGACCUGUUUAUGCUGUUUACAUGUAUAUUGUAUGUUAUGCUGGGUUGGAUAUAGUGCCAAACAAAUCUUCUUUGUUUUCAUAAGAGUGAUAAUAAAGAUACCUCUCUUUCUGACAUAAACGUUAAAUACACUUGACCUAAUAAGAGAAACUAAUGAGCACUUACAUCCAGAGAAGCUGCAUCUUCGUAACGUGUCACUGACAGAGGCCAUUUUCCCAUAUGAUAUACCUGCACCACUCAUAUUGUAUCUCUGGA